GUUGCCUCUCUCUUUCUCUUUAUUGGCAUCACUCAGGACUGUAAAGCUGUAGCUACUAUUACUGUUAACUCUACUCUAUUGUCUUGUGGACUCUUGGAUAUUAUUACAUUCUACGUCUUCAGAGAUACUCUAUCAGAGAAUAACUAUGGCUCUAUCACUGAACUCCAUCCUGGCUCUCACCAUCAUCACACUCUGUGUGCUCCUGCAGGAGGGUAAGCUAUAACUUUUUAUUAAACAUUUAUAUCACUUUGUUUUAUUAUAUAAGUAUUACAUUUUCUUUUCAUGAGGCUAUUAAAUGGAACAUGAGGGGUCAUAGUUUAGUUGAGAUGUCAGAGUUGGCUGAGGUGGUGCGGGGAGAUCCAGAAUAACAUGAUACAACCCACAAUGACAAAAGAUGGAGAAACAUUUACAUUUUAUUGUCACACACCGGAUAGGUGCAGUGAAAUCUGUUGUAUUACAGGGUCAGCCAAAGUAGUGCGGCGCCCCUGGAGCAAAUUAGGGUUAAGUGCCUUGCUCAAGGGCACAUUGACAUAUAUUUCACCUUGUCGGCUCAGGUACUCGAACCAGCAACCUUUCAGUUACUGGCUCAAUGCGCUAACCUCCAGCCCACCUGCCACCCUGAUGUUAAAAUUCCUGCUGCACCAUAUAUGCUUAGUCUUGUCAUUACUUAGUUUCACUCUCAGAAUGAUAGCUCAGUUAAUCGCUGCUCUUGCAGGUGUACUGAGAGUUGGGUGGCUCAUGGCACAUGCUACCUGUUGCCAGACUCUUUGACCUACUCCCCCAGUUCCCCCUACAGAGAUAUAAUACAAUUCGAAGAUAGGCUAUAAUCAUCCUCUGUCUGAUUAGAUGCAGAUUAUAUUGGCACGGUUCAACUCCUAUCACAUUAUAUUAUCACUGCAUUUGACUUGAAACAACUCAGUCUUUGUUUGACUUGAAUAACCUUUCAUAACAUAUUAGUUAUAAAUCAAAGUCCAAAUGUGUUUGACAAGACCUGAUGCAUAGGAGAAUGGGAUGGCAGUUAGCCUACAUGUACUUCUCUGUAUCAGUGAAAAGGGAUUUUGAUUAGGAUGUGGUUAUGUGUAUUUGCUCGGUGCUGAUUGCCAAAUUGCACAGUCAUCCGGUGAUUCUGCUGAGUUAUAACCAGGCUCUUAACCAAUGAUCUUUUCUGUCUCUAUAGGUUUUGGGCUCCCUGUAUCCAGCCAGCCUGAGCUCCCUGCCCAGUCCCCAUCCCAGAACAGCCCACACCACACCAGGGUUAAACGAUGCUCCUGCAGUAACUGGCUGGACAACGAAUGCAUCUACUUCUGUCACCUGGACAUCAUUUGGGUCAACACUCCCAAUAAGAUCAUCCCCUACGGUCUUGGCAGCCCCUUGUCCCGACGUCGCCGCUCUACCGGGCGAUGUGAAUGUGCCCACCCAGCCGACAGGACCUGCUCCAGAUUCUGCCACAACAGGUGAGCUCACCUUCAGAGAUAAGGAACUUCUACCCUCCUUCCCUCCCUCAUCCUCUCCAACUCCUUCCCCGCCUUGCCUCCCUGCUAGAUACCAGAUUGUUACAAGCCAGUGACUAUCAGUGUCAGUCAGUCAUCUGUGACCUGCCUGUAUCAGGUUGUAUCAGGGCUGCUUGUGGAGGAGAUGCAGGGAGGAGGCGUAUUGUCUUUAGAUGUGUAACUAGGGGAGGAGGGAGGAGGGGGAGGGAGGAUGGAUGUGGGAAUAGCCUGCAUGUUCUGGAGGCUUAGAGCUCCCUUACAGACAGGUCCAUUAGUCAUGACACUAUUUUUGGAAUGUUUUACCGGCGGGAAUGUCUGUUUUAUUACUACAGUUAUUGCUGUUAUGACAUACCAAGGUUGAGGAUUAGUCUGUGUGUCCCAACGAGGUUUUAUCCUGCUCUGUGAAAAGUCACUGAGAACAGGCUGUAGGGCAUGAGGUACAGACAUUACUGGGUUGAAAUCCAUAGCCAAUCGUCUCUCACUGCUAGUAUUGUAGAAUUCUGUGGUACAGAAUCCAGUCUCAUGGCCCUUAAGGAGUAGUCUAAAUAAUGUUUUCUUGGUUUGCUCUCAUUUUGACAUGGUUGUUCUUUCUGUCUGCAGCUCAGAGAACCCCAGAUUCGUAGUGGUAGGCCCCUCAGACCAGACCCUGGACCAGACUGUUAGCAGUCCAGACACAACCAGCAACGACCUAUUGACCUCUCUCAGGUAAGAGAAAAACAAGAUACCAUCACAGCCUCUUAGGAGCAGUUUCUCAGACCUAGGUUAAUCUUAUUGCUGGACUAAAAAGCAUGCCCAAUGGAGAUUCUCCAUUGAGGAUGUUUUUUCAGGCCAGAAGUAUUGGCCAAUAGAGAGAUCCCACUAACAUUCAGCAAGUUUUUUUUUGUGUCUUUGAAAAGACAACAUGGAAUCUGAUCUUAACCUGAUGUUUCUCUCUUUGUUCUUUACAGAAACAUGGUCCAAUCCAACAUGGCUGCCAUAGAGAAGGGUGCUCCCUCCAGGAAGAAGAACGCCUCCAGAGCCAACAGACUGAACAUCAGGUAGAUGAGGAGGAGGUAGGAAGAGGAGCUUGAAUAGCUCCAGAGCAUCCGAACAAAGACCGCCUGGAGGAGAUUAGGGAGUCCUCCCCAGGGAAGACAGAGAGGUCCUGAGAGGAGAGGCCCUGAGAAGAGGGCAAAGAUGGAACACUGCCCACUGGCUGCCCGCUGAUUGUUGUAUACCACACAGUGGACUGGAUAUGGACAUUAUCUGGAUAUGAGUCUUGGACUAAUCUAGCUAAGAGUCUGGCUUAGAAGACUAGGGAGGUUUAUGUGUGUCCUCUGUGAACUAUGACAGUCUGGACUAGAAUGGUUACUGACUGUUUGCUGGGCAUGGGUUGUCAUCAUGUCCCAAACAUAAAUACACGUUAUGUGUCUGAGCACCUGAAAUGGGUGGAUGCAAGCCAAGGCAUUCUGGAGGGAUCUUAGCCUAUGUUCAGUUUACAGGCUUACUUCAUUAGUGCCUUGGAAAUAUUGACCACUAUUCUCAUUUUGAUUUUGAUCCUUACUUUACCUGUCGCAAGACAUGUACUAUAUCAUAAAAACAUAUUUUUUAAUCCUCUGUAUCAGAGAUUAAUUGCCAGUUUAUAGUGAUUGCCAUGCAUGCAUUUAAAUUACUUGAAAUAUUUUUUGGCACAUGAAGGACAUUACUUUAAGGGACAGGGAAUUACUACAAACACAGCCUUCCUGAAGCAGCAGAUAAAAGCAGGUCUAUUGUCAUGACGGAAGUAUUUAUUGCAUAGCCACUGUUGAUUGUUUUGAUUGUAGACAGAGUGAAGGCAGCAGGUUUCAAUGGGUCUGCUCCUUGCCAAAUGUGCAGUGAUUGUUUUUCUGCUUUCAACAAAUGUCCAUUAAUGUCCAUGUUAAUACCCGUUAGGAAAUUUUGGCAAUGUACUUUUGUUCUAAUGCCUUCAAAGGAAUGUGUUUUAAUGUCCAGUACACUUUAGAUGACUUGGGCUGAUAGCUGUACGCCAGCCACUGUCUGGCCAUAAGGCAUUUACUGUAAACACUACAUCAAAAAACAAGUCUUCCACUGAUGUUCAAGUCCAAUAUUACAAUGCUGUAUAUUUAUGAUAUUAUUAUUUAUUUAUUUGUUUGUGUGUUGUUUAGGAAUUUGUGUAUCAAAAUGCUGGACUGUGCUUUUGUUUUAUGAACUGUUGUUAUCUCUAGAAGGACAAUUCACCCUCAAUAGUCUAUUUAGCAGUCAAGGACACUAUAGGAAGUUGAAAGAAAUGUUUACUCAUAAAAUGUGUUGUUAUCUACUGUACAAAACUCUGAAAUUAUUUAUUUAACUUAUUUGUGGGAUAUAUUUAUAUAUUUGUGUUGUGUGAGUUUACCACUUUUAAAAUGU